AUGGUCAGCCUCUAUGGCCACGUAAUCUAUGCUCUCUCAACUGCUGUGCUCAGCGACAACCCUGAGUCGGUGCAGCAGUCGCUCAUCCAAGCAGAAUUACCGAUAACCACCUUUUCUGAUUGGCUGUUCUCCUCUGUUACAAGGGUGCCUAGCAUCAAUGGACUGACCGUUAAGGAAAAAGAACGAAAAGAAAAUUCUCUAUCAAUUACUGGAUCCAAGAAAAUCUCGUUGUCUCGACCUUCUUCUCGUCUCAUGUCGAUCAACACGUUAUUCGGAACGCCUAGGAGCAGUUUUGAUACGUCGAUGCUGCUUCGAAGUACUAAUCAGGAAAAAAUCCUUUCGGCAAAGAAGAAAGUGACGCGAAUGUUGCUUACGAUAGUUGUGGCAUUUGCUGCUUGUUGGCUGCCGAAUCAUAUUUGGUGGUUGCUUGUUAGGGCUUCUGAUCUCGCGGUAAGUAUCUUCAAAAACAAAAGAAUUAAAGAUUAGCU